UAGCGCAAGAAGUUGCCCAGCUUAUGAUUUAACAAGUAUAUUUAAAUUCAUUUUUAACAAGACAACAACAAAAGCUAGAGAUUCACUCGCAACAGGCGGCAAUUGCAAACAAGAACUUAACAAAAAUAAAAUAAAAUAAAAUUAUAAUCACAAAACAAAAACAAGAACAGCAGAAACAAAAAAGAAAAAAAACAAGAACAAAAACAAAAGCAGUAACAGUAAGAGCAACAACAAUUAUUCAAAUACAAUAUUAACAAUAACAAGAAGAAAUAUUAAUUGAGAUUUGAUAUCGAUAUCGAUGCUGCUAGUAAAUUAGACGUCAGCUGCCCAAAGUUUUAACACCACACGCUUCCACAAUGCUUUUGAUAAAGUUUUAACGCAGCUUUGCUCAAUUGCCCGUAUAAACAAUACCAAUAACAAUUCAAAGGUACAAAUGCCCGGCUAGUUAAAAUAGUAGCAGAGCAGAGAAAUAGCGGCAGAGCAUUAGCAGUGCCAAUGACAGCGAAGCGCCAAAGCAGCGAUGUCAGUAGCACUUGUUGUUAAAAGUUUAAAUACAUAAUAAACAACCAAAUUAUCAACCAAAAUUGUUUGUCAACCGUUCGUGUGAAUAAAAAAUGUUUUGGACGCGGCUUUUGGCAAUCUUGUUUGCCAUUGGCUUGGCUAACGCUGGAGUAGUGAGGCAGAAAGAAGGGCGCGCUGUCAAAGAACCGUGGGAACUGUUAGAGGCAUUAUCAGCGAAUUCACAAAUACGCAGUUUUGGUGGUACAUGGAUAACGGAUGACGAAUUCUAUUAUACUGCAUCAGACAAAUCAAUACAUAAAUACAAUGCCGCCAACACUUUGGAUACAGUUUUUGUGACUUCAGAUUUUUUGGAAAAAUACUCAAGUGGUAGUACUUUCACAUUGUCGCCAGACAAUAAAAAAAUUUUGGUGCGUUAUGAUGUAGAAGAAAUCUUCAGACACUCUUUGAUAGCCAAAUAUGACGUUUUCGAUAUUGAAACUAAAAACUCUAUCAACAUAAAUAAUGGCGAAAAACUACAAUAUUGCACUUGGUCACCAAUCAAAGACCGACUUUCCUUUGUAUAUGACAACAAUGUAUACAUACAUUUUGAAGAAAAUCUUGAGACACCUAUCACAUCCGAAGGUAAAAAUGGUAUUAUUUAUAAUGGCAUACCCGAUUGGGUAUAUGAAGAGGAGGUCUUGAGUAGCGGUAGUGCAAUGUGGUGGUCGUCUGAUGGGUUAAAAUUAGCUGUAGGCGUUUUUAAUGACACCAAUGUGCAAUCAUUUAAAUAUUUUCUAUACGGUGAAGCAGAGGAUAUGGAAUACCAAUAUCCCAAAGAAGUCGAUUUGAAAUAUCCGAAACCCGGUACUGAAAAUCCAGCAGUAGCUCUGCGUAUCUUUGAUUUUAGUAAAGUAGAACCAACAUCAGUGAGAAUAACCGCACCCAUCGAUAUUGUAUCACCCGAUCAUAUUUUACAAAAUGUUGCUUGGUCUAGCAAGCAAGAAAUAUUGGUUACUUGGCUCAAUCGCAGACAAAAUAUUUCUUCCAUACAAUCAUGCUCAAUUGAUGGUGCAUGUAGAGAGGUUAAACGUAUUGAAGAACCCAAUGGUUGGAUAAGCAUGAGUACACCACGUUGCUUAGAGAGCGGAAACAAUUGUUUGUUUGCGAAUUGGAUUGGUAAUUGGUACCAAGUGUGGAACUUAGAUUUGCAGACUGGUGAAAAUGUUUGGAAAUCUCGCGGUAAUUUUACUGUUUUGCAUGUUUAUGGAUAUGAUGAAAAGAAUGAUAUACUUUAUUAUCAGGCUACUUUGCCAAGCCAUCCUGAAGUUUUUCAUAUUUUCGGUAAUAAUGAGUGUUUGAGUUGCAACUUACAGGACGUUGAUGGUGUUGAUUGCCGCGCAGCAUCCGCUUCGUUCAGUAAAGGUUUUUCUCAUUAUGCUAUUAACUGUUAUGGACCAAAUCCAAGCUUUACCAAAAUAUUCAGAGCAAAGGAUCGUGUUGAAAUAAAAGACUGGGAAACAAAUGCAGCAUUCCGCCAGAAACUUGAGACUAAAUUGCGUCCAAUUGUUAAGUUUGUAAAUGUUACAUUAGCCGAUGGAUCGACUGGUAUAGCAAAACUACAACUACCGCCAAGUUUCAAUGACACCCUAAAAUAUCCAAUGAUUGUUUACGUAUACGGAGGUCCAAAUUCUGUACGUGUUGGAAAUAGUUUCACAGUUGGGUUUGAUGGUUACAUGACGACUAAACGUGAAGUAAUCUAUGCAAUAAUAGAUGGUCGUGGCACUGGUAAUAAGGGUAAAGAAUUAUUAUUUUCUGUUAAUAAUAAUUUGGGCGAGCAUGAAGUCGAGGACCAGAUUUAUGUUACAAACCACCUGAUCGAACAAUUUCCAUACAUUGAUAAACAUCGUAUUGGCAUUUGGGGCUGGAGUUAUGGUGGCUAUAUGACCGCAAAAACUUUAGGUGAAGACACUGCAGGUGUAUUCCAGUGUGGUAUCUCAGUUGCUCCUGUAACUUCAUGGCUGUAUUAUGAUACAAUUUAUACUGAGCGAUAUAUGGGACUGCCAACACCUGAAGAUAACUUGGAAAAAUACAAAGAAAGUAGUGUUUUGCAACAAAUUGAGAAUUUCCGUAAUCACGAUUUUCUAUUAAUUCAUGGUUCUGGAGAUGAUAAUGUACACUAUCAACAAUCAUUGAUGUUAGCUAAGGUUUUGCAACACAAUGACAUACUCUUUGAAGAAAUGACUUAUACUGAUGAAAAUCAUUCCAUCGGCAAUUUCCAGCCACAUUUGUAUCACACAAUGGAACAAUUUUGGAACAACUGCCUAGGCUUGGAUGAUAUAAUUGAGGAGUAAGAAGUGUGACAAGUGCAACGUCUAAAAAUAUUUAAUUCUCUAUUGUUUUAAGUAUGUUUGUACGUGCAAGUGAUGUAAUGUUUGUUUAAAAGUAUUAAUGCCAACUAAAUGUAAAUAUAUGUUUUUGUAAUAUAUUUAUAAUAAAGUCUUAAUUUU